AAGCAGGUGUCGACAACCCUGGGGCCCAACUUGAAAUUCUACGAGGUGGAAAAGGGGAGAAAAGGUGCAAGUCAAGGCUCUGGAAAGAAUCAGGGGAGAUGGGCAUCUAUCCUGAUCUGCCUUUGCUCUGUUGAGGGGGAGCCUUCUCUUCUCUUCACCCUGCGCUCCAGCACACUGAAGGGCAGGCACAAGGGAGACGUGAGCUUUGCUGGAGGAAAGAGUGAUCCGUCAGACAGAGAUGUGGUAGCCACAGCACUGCGUGAAGCCCAGGAGGAGCUGGGUAUAAAUGUGGCAACAGAGAAGGUCUGGGGAGUCCUGAAGCCACUCAGGGACAUGUCAGGGAUGCUUAUUGCUCCUGUGCUGGCGAACCUCGGCCCUGUCGAGGAGUUGACCUUGAAACCAAACCCUGGAGAGGUAGAGGAGAUCUUCACCCUGUCUUUGUCCCAUGUGUGCAAUCCCCACAACCGUGGCUACACACACUUCCGCGUAGGUGACAAGUACGGGUACACGCUGCCAGUGUUUCGUAAUGGAAAACAUCGAGUGUGGGGCCUGACUGCAGUCGCCUUAGACAAUACCCUGAAACUCAUUGUCCCUCCAUAGCUGCUCAGUCGCGUACUUAACCAGUGACUCAAAGAUUAUUCUACAAAAUGUGCAUUCAGACUUUGUGUAGCAAAAUCAUCAGGAAUCAGAAUGAAAACAAAGUAUAUUCAUUUACACUCAUUUAGGAAGCUAAAUGCAUUACCAUUCUGGGUUCAUCGCAGUUGGAACUUGUGCACUAUCUGAGCUCCAUAUAUAUCAAAACCUCCGCACAUUAGGUUUGCUGUAUAAAGAUAGUGGCCAGCUGUGUUGAUGUUACUGAUAUAAAGCAGAUGUUGGACAUUUAAGGUCAUCUGCUUUGUAAAGCAGAUAUGAAUCAAAGAGCAGUAUCAAAUGGCAGGACCAAUAUUUUUACAUACCUGACUGAUCCUUACUUUAACACUUAUUUAUUACAACAUUUUUGAUUCAUUUUCAGCUUUUCUGUACCCACAGUUCCCAGUUAUGUUUUUACAAGAUAAAUCAGUGAGUCACCAAGAUAACUCACACCACAUGACUUUCACAUGUGGCUUGUGUUUGUUCCAGUUUAUCAUUUCAGGUAAGCAAAGCUCAGCUAAACAGACUUCAUGAUUUCCAAAGUGAUUCAAGCUGUGCUGUUUCCGUUGUCUCAUGCUAGAUCAAACCCGGCCCGUUGAAGACACUGAACUAAUAGAAGCUCAUCAGGAUGAUGUGAAAGAACAAUGCAAUAAAGUUUGUUUUUAAAGAUA